CGACUAACUGAUCAAGCGCUGAAAGCAGAUUAAACGGUUAAACUGAAGUGCGUCUCUGUGAAACUCCCGGUGGACUAACCCACCUUCACUUUAUUUAUUUACCGGCCCAAUGACUCUUCUGUCUUCACCGGCGACGGAUAGUUCAUGAAAAUGUUACUCUUCGUGUGAGAUCUGGGGACCUCUUGAAGCUCCAAUCAUGGCAGCAAACAAGAGCCUAUGUUUGAUGGAGAGGACCACUGGAUCAAGAAGGAAAAGCUCUUACACUGUCUGGAAUUCACCACUGAUGAAACAAGAACUCUGAACUGUUCUCCUUGGUCAUAUUAACCUGCCAAAGUUCAGGUGUAAAACAUCGACUUAGAUGCAGUGCAAAUGGAUAAAACAAAAACUUCAAAAUCACACACACUGGAUAUAUUUAUGCUGAGCAAGCCAAUGAAGUAAAAAUAUUUAUUCAAUGUUAGCGAUCAUAUGAAAAGAAUGAUUAAGUCAAAUAUUUUGAAGAAUUGGUAUUGAAGCUAUGGAAAAGUUCCUCUUUGGUGGGGCAACAUAUCAUCUGACUGUAAGUGGUCCAAUGGUGAGCUUUUACUCAGUGUUUAGCUAAAUGGAGGAGCGGGACCGCAGUCGCUCACCAUCUCGCAGGACCAGCAGAGUAGAGCAGGUGGUGGGACGCUGGCUUCGCCGCUCCAGAGAGUCCAUCAGCCGAGAGCGUGUAUUAGAAGAUGGACAGGUUACUGACAAUGGCUCUCAGGAGCAGAGGAGCUGCACUCUUCGAGUCACUGUUAAAAUCCCUCUUGACUCCACCCUUAACUCCCAUGGUUUUACUGUAUCAACACACACUCCACCACAGGUGCUGGACGUGACAGAAGGAGGCCCUGCUGAUGGAAAGCUGGUUCCUGGUGACCAACUUUUCAAAAUAAACAACAUUACUGUUGAAGAUCUUUCUACAGAGCAGGCCGCUGACAUCAUCAGAGAAUGUCAGAACACAGUAAUAUUGACUGUCCUGAGAAAUACAUUGGGACCAAAGUCGUCCUUCAUAACUCCAGAGAAGAGAGCCAAGCUGAAGUCCAACCCUGUUAAAGUGAGGUUUGCAGAGGAGGUGGUGGUCAACGGUCACUCACAGGGCAAUUCUCUGCUGUUCCUGCCUAAUGUUCUGAAGGUCUAUCUGGAGAACGGCCAAACGAAGGCUUUCAAGUUUGAAUCUAAAACCACUGUUAAGGACAUAGUGAUGACUCUGAAGGAGAAACUGUCAAUAACCCGUAUAGAACACUUCUCCCUAGUACUGGAACAACAAUACAGCAUCAGCAAACUCUAUCUACUGCAUGAGGAAGAGAUUAUUCAAAAGGUGGUUGAAAAAAAGGAGACACAUGACUACAGGUGUCUGUUCCGUGUCUGUUUUCUACCCAGAGACUUUAAAAGCAUGCUUACAGAAGAUCCUGUGGGCUUUGAGUAUCUGUACUUACAGAGUGUGAGUGAUGUAUUACAGGAGAGAUUCGCUGUAGAGAUGAAAUGUAAUACAGCUCUCAGACUGGCUGCUCUACAUGUACAGGAAAAGCUAGCCAGCAGUGGACAAUCCCUUAAAACACCACUUAAAGCUAUCAUGAAGGAGUGGGGUAUUGAAAGCUUUGUGUCCCACACCUUACUGCGCAACAUGAGAGAAAAGGACUUAAAGAAAGCCAUCAGUUACCACAUGAAAAAGAUUCUGUCUCAGGAGCCCAAGCAAAAGAUGAUCUCAGUGGAUCAAGCUAGACUGAACUACAUGAAUGAGAUGUCUGAACUCAAGUCAUAUGGAGGAAAAGCUUUUAGCGCCACUAUGAUGCUGCAGGACAGAGAGUCAACGGUGAGUUUGUUGGUGGGAGCUAAGUAUGGAGUGAGCCAGGUUAUCAAUCACAAGCUGAGCAUCAUGACAACACUCACUGAAUUCAGCUGCAUCACCAGAGUGGAAUUAUUACCCGAGUCUGACAGAGUUAGCCUGGUCAAGAUCUACCUCCAGGAUAUCAAGCCGAUAACAUUGCUGAUGGAAUCAGUGGCAGCCAAAGAUUUAUCGUGUCUGGUUGCUGGAUAUUGCAAACUGCUUGUGGACCCCCAGAUCUGUGUGUUCCCCUGGUCACCUAAUUCAAAGAGUCACCGGAUAUCAACUGAAGAGGGAUAUGUGUCACACUGUGGAAGUGACUCGGAAGACUCGGACACAGAUGUGGAUGCUCUCCUUGCUCAUGUUGCCAGCACUGCCAAAAGCAGCACAACAGCAACAAGUGAUAAACCUAAUGAUGAACUACCAGAAGAAACUGAAAAAACUAAAAGUGACAUGGAAAAAGAUGAAGAGAUGGAAAAAGAAGGAGGCAAAGAAGAGGAGGCAUUGGAAAAGAAGGAAAGAGAAGAGGACCAAGAACCCAUCAAUGAAUCUAUAAAUGAUAAUAAUGAAAAGACAACAGAUAUAAAUGAUGAGAGACUGGGCACAGAAAAGGAAGGCAAAUCUCAAGAGAAUAAGCCUGAACACCCUCCCUGUAUCAUUAUUGUAGAUGACCCUUCAUCUGAAGCAUCUGAUUCAUACCAAACGGAGUCACAUUUCAUGACCAGCAUGUCCAGUGACUCUAUAGAUGCUUUGGAGGAGGAUGAUCUUAUGACCUAUUUUUCUACCAGACACCCAUGGCAUUUACCAGUGAAAGACUCUUACCACUGUGAAGACCGCUUUUCACCAUCACUGUCUCCACAGCAACAGCUUUGCAAAGACUCUCAGUCCCAGAGUGACCUGUGCUCUGCUGAUUCCCAUUGUGAGCCAGAUAUUGACCAAUUCUUUUGCUUUGCUGCACUCUCAAACAUUGCUGAAUGUCUACCUAGUCCCCCUGCAGCCAGCGAAGAGGAAGACUGUGAGGAGUCAGGAAUAGAGAAUGAAAACCAUAAAAAGGAGUCACCUGCAAAAUGUCCUGAAAGCAACCUACCCCUUCCUGCAGAUUAUGUGUUCACAUUUGAACAAGGAGACACUAGACAUUACUACAAUAUCUGCUCCAAUGUUACUCCUGACAGUGCUCGCAGCCUUCCAAAACCUUUCUCUUCUCCAGAUUCUACAGAAACACGCCAGGAUCAGGAAGGAGUGGCAAGGAAUGGGAAAGAAGCAGUGCCAAUUUUUCAUCCCCCACCAGGGUUUGGAGACAGCAGUUCAGAUGAUGAGUUCUUUGACGCUCAGGAAAGAUUCACAUCCCCGGAAGAACCUUUAUCUACUGCUAUGACUAGGGAAAAUUCUGCAGAAUCCAGCACCAUAUUAAACACACUACGCCUGGGACAGAUUGGCAUCUGUGUCAGUGAACAAGAGGCAAAGGAUUCAGAGAGGAAACAAAAGGAGGAAGGAAAAAUGAUUACACAAGAUGAAUUGUCAAAUUUCAAUAAAAGAUCCAAGAAGCGUCGCUCAUUCAUGGAAACUAAUUACACAUCCCUUGUAUCAUUCCCAGAGCAGGAUCAAUUAAGUAACAGCUAUGGAAAUAGCAUCCAAAGCUGUGGAUCUUUAUUAGUCAAUCAUGGCACUGGUCGAAUGGCAUGUUUUGAUAGUGGAUGCUCAGAUCAAGUUCCAUGCCCAACAGUCUCGUCCUUAACUGAUUCUGAAGGAGAACCUGCACAACUGGAAUCCAAACCUAUUACCCCAUCAAAAGUUAAUGGAUCAGGACCACAUAAUUCCACUGUUACACAAGUGGGAUCACACUCAAACAAAGCCUUCCAGCGCAAACAGCAACGUAUAGAAAUGGAACCAGAUUCCAUGGAGUUUAAAUCAGUCACUGAACUAAUGUCUACUGUAUCACCAACUAUAAUGGCAGUACGCUCCCAUAUGGACGUGCAUGAUAAAGUAAGCACCAGAAACCAUGGUACAGACGAUGAGGAGGAGGGUGCAGUGGGAGGUCUAGAGAGUCUGUUCGGGGGCCACUUGUUCUUUGAUAUGUCUAAAAAAAAGUGUGAUAGCAGUGUUUUAUUUGGUCAAAGAGAUGACCAGGUAACCAGACAAAUGGAAGAUUUGUUCCACGGCAGAUCAGUGAACCAAAAGAGUAGCUCACUGCCAAGACUUGGCCAGAUAUCCCCAUCAAGUUUGCCGUACUUCCAUGUUCCAAGUAUAUCGUACACCACAAGCCCUAAUACAGAGAGGGAUAGCAAUACUUUACAUCUAGAAUUUGGAAUGGGAAAACACUCAGUGGAGCCAACAGAGAGAACCAGGAGCCAGAGCAUGUCUGCAUCUUUUGGUAGUGGUGCGCCACAUUGCCCAUCAAGACAUUUAUUUUGCCAGCAAGUCAGAACACCAGAAUCUGACGAAACUGAAAAUUCAAGUGACCCUACUGUUCCGUUCGAACCAGCUCAGAAUUUUCUUCUUACACCUUGUUCAUCAGGAAUCCUUGGCCGACUUUCUGCCUCUACCCUGCGGGGAAAGAUCCAGAACCUUCCCCUUUACUUAUCACGAUCCCAGCAGAUACUAAAUGCUGGUUCGAAUGGUAGUGGCAUUGUUGAGCCUUUGCGAAGACUUUCCGAGUCCCAACUACAACGAAAUGAAGUUGAGGUAGCUAAAGAGGUAACCGAAGAUGCAACCAUAAAUGAAGGUGCUCCUGAAGUCACAGAGGUAAAAGUGGUAACCAUAGUAUCUGAAGAAGUGACUGAAGUCAUUGAGGAGGUAAGAGAGGUCCCCCACAUUAGUCCACAAGCAUGUGGACAGAGGAAAAUCAAAAAUGAACCCAAAGAUCUUUCUGUAAUAUCAGUAUCCCCCUUUUGUUCAAAUGCAAACAGCUCUCUCCAGAUCAACCCUUCUUCUGUAGUAGUUACUACACAGAACCUUAAUGGACCUUGGGGGUUGGUAGCAUCCAGUGGAUUACAAGGACAUAGCCAUUGUCCCCAUAACAUUACACCUAACUGUGGGGUUUUCACAAACUGUCAAUCGAAACCUACCAUAGCCCAGCCACAGUCCUUGCUCAGUCCAAAACAACAAGAGAAACCAGACUUUAGCUGCACAUCAGUCCUGGCUAUGGGUUGUGAUACUGUAAUGGAGAGUGCUGAAGCACCUUUAGAGGUCUGUCAGUCAGUAUACACCAACUGUUUCAGUGGAGUCCUUGACAGUGCCAGCUUUGAUGAUGAACUCACUGUCUAUGAGUUUUCCCGCAAAACCAGCCAGAGUGAAACAGGAGAUGCAGUACUGACCUCUGUUCCUCCUUCCUCCCUCUCUGCAUCCCCUGCAUCUUUCUCUCCAUCUUCUCCGUUGCCCUCAUUCCCUCAUCUAGUGCUGCCUGCUUCUUCAUCUACAGAGCUUAACCCCCUUCUGUCUCCCUUGGAUGCUUCUGACUGCUUCCUAUCAGACCCUCAUGAAGAUAUAAUCACUUCACUGCUGACUCGUCGGUAUUCUUUACCACCAACAGGAUUCCUUUCUUUGCAAAGGGAUGUAGAUACCCUUUUAUGUGUUCUUGCUGGUGCGAUGAAGAACCAGGAUGAGGCCCAAGAGCACCCUAGGGAUACCUGUGUGGCUCACUUUUCAGAGAACAAAAGGCGAUUGCAUGGGGAAGCUCGGGGGCUUUUAGCUGGAUGUCAGCGUGUGGUCAGGGUUGGGCAGACGCCAGAGGAAACACUUCAGUCGCUUGCUGAAAGCUUCCGUUCACUGGUACAGCUGACAAGUGUGUGUUUAUGUUUCUCCAGCUGCCAGCGGUGCAGGGAGCGCCAUGCUCAAGCACUUACAGGACUAGCAAAUGUUGCAAAAACUUAUCAGGACUUUGCUCGGGCAGCAGAGCUAGUGGGAAGUGCUGCCGAAAGGAAGACUUGUCUUGAGCUCAGUAUUAAGCUCUUGGCCCGCCAAUGCACUGCAUUAACAUCCUCAGUCUUCUGCCUCACUCAGCUCUUUCGCACUCUCACUGCCCUUUGACCUUUGGACAGCUACAUUGGGUAGUCCCCCCAUCCCCCUAAACUACAACAAACCUGUGAGAAUAACUUAAAUGUGGUUUUCUCAAACCAUCUCAUGAGAUGUAUAAAAUUAACACCAAGGCGGUGUCCAAAGGUACUGGCAUACCAGUAAUAAGCAUGCACUAAUACAUACACACAUGCAGACAAUGAAACAUAAACCUGCCAUUUAAGUGUUUUGAAUGGAUUAGCCUAAAAGACAAAUGUACUGAGAAGAUAAUUUCCUAACAGGGUACUAUAGAGCUUGUUUUACAGUAUUUGUAUGUGGGGUAAAGUUAUUUAGUAUUGAAUGUAAUUCUAAACCAAAAGUCUUUGUACUAUGAUUACAGUAAUUUAUUCUAUUUAUGAGGAAAGCAUAGAUCAGGAUUCUGUGUUGUGUAUCUUCCAACAUUCUCUUCUCUCCUUAAAUUUGCUAUCUCUUGCUUGCUUUCUCACUACUAUUCUAACCAAUGUUAUGCACAUACAGUAAAUUUUCUUCUGUCUGCCAUGCCUACUUUCUAUUAGAUAAUGCUCUAAAAGUGUUCUGCAGUAAUCACCUGGGUUAUAAAUGUUUACAAAAUACAAACAACAUUUUCUUGAGUAGGCAGUAACAUUUUUGUGUUCUUUAAGAUGAAUAUACCAAAGCCGAUGGAUGAAUGAAUUUGCAGAGUGAUUGCAGAUUUUUCAAUCAACAUCUGCAUAUGCUUUACAGGUUUAACUUCAAGAAGGUAGGAUAAUUUGGAUCAUAGAUGUGGAGGAACAAUAUAAUUGUUUAAUAGCAAUCUAUAAUUUAAAUAGAAGCAAUCUAAUUUUGGUGCUAUUCGUUUAUUUUUUCACAGACAAGUCAUUUCUUUAUAUUCAUUCCUCCUAUUUUUCCAGUCCUCACAAAACACUGCUCAUAUAAUCACCAUACAAUGAUCAAAUUAUUGUAGAAAUUCGUUCAAAGGUGACAGAAAAUUACAAAUAUGAGUGCGUAAAGAUAGCAAAUGACUAAAUUAUAAGCAAGGUCAUUUACCCACAAGUACAUGUGUCUGAAUACCAAAAAGCUGCCAUGUACUCUUUACUUAUAAGGCAUGCUGUAAGCCAUAGGCAUACUGUAUUUCUUGAAAAUAGUGGGCAAGGCUGCAUGUAGAAAAUGAAUGCAUGAUUGAAAGAGUGAUCAGUGAGUGUAUGGAUGGAUUAUGAAAACCAACAUUGUAAUGCAGUAUUCACCCCAUUAAAAUUAGUUCCAAAUGAC